UGUUUGUUUUUGUUGUUGUUGUUGUUUUUCUCUAUUUUUGUAAAAAAUAAACUUUAGGAAUCUAGAUUAUAACUUCUGAACAGUAUAGAUCUAGCUCUAUCCAUAGAUUUAACAUCGUUUCAAAUAAUUAUAAAUUUUGAGAUUUGGUCCAAACAUCCGAGGAACCAUCAAGGACCAAAUGUGUUUGCCUUCUUGGGCUACCCACAAAGCACAAAGUGACAACCAUCAUAUAAGUGACCUCAAAAGGAUUAUUCAAAUCUGCAAACUGAAUCUUGAAACAUCUGUUAGUUCCAAUAGUAUUCUUCGCCUCACAAUCAAAACAUUAACAGAGGUCCUUUUCUUGUUUAAUGCUUUUGCCGAUAUAUUUUCUCUCUCGACACAUUAGACAAUGGAGCAAGUGUCUUGGACCAGAAUGAAGAUUUUGGUCAUUGGGGCCACUAGUCCGAUGGGGAUCUCUAUCAUUUCAGAGGCUCUGACAAGGGGAUAUGAGGUGAUAGCAUUGGUGAGGAAUCCAGAAAAAAUGAUAAGCUUGACUCCAAGACUACAAGUUGUUGAAGCUGAUUUCUUCAACCCCGAUGACAUCGCUGAGCAUUUAGAUGGCUGUAAAGCAGUCCUCUCGGGUAUUGAAGCUUGGCCUAGGCUAACCCCGUGCAAUAUUUACGCCAAGAGCUGCGAGGCUGUGGUUAAAGCAAUGAGACAAAAAGAUAUCAAGAGAUUAAUGGUCAUCACGUUUUUGACCAUUGAAAAAGAUCCAUUAUUGCCUUCUUGGUUGACGUGGGCUAUGAAUAAACUUCUGUUCUUAAGGAAACAUAUUUACGAAGACAUGGCGAUAUGUGAACGUUAUCUGGACUAUCAAUGCCGUGAUAUUCAGUUUACUGUGGUCAAACUUUUUGAUUUCACAAACCAGCCGUCUGAGGGUAUCCAGAUAUUAGCCAGUGAGAGUCAGUCUCCUUUAGACAUGGAUAAUCGGAUCGGUAGACAGGACCUUGCCAAGUUUAUGUUGAAUAAUCUUGCCCAGAAAGAAUAUUAUAGAAAAUUUAUCUAUGUGCGUUAUUCCAGAUAUUAUUCAGUUAAGGAAAUGGAAGAAGUAUCUCGGACCCGAAUGAAGAUUUUGGUCAUUGGGGCCACUAGCCCGAUGGGGCUCCUUAUCAUUACAGAAGCUUUGACCAGGGGCUAUGAGGUGAUAGCACUGGCGAGGAAUCCAGAGAAAAUAACAGUUUUGAAUCCGAGAUUACAAGUUUUUGAAGCUGAUAUCUUCGACCCCGAAAGCAUUGCCCAGCACUUACAAGGCUGUAAAGCGGUUCUCUCAGGCGUGGAAGUUAUGCCUAAACUAAUAACCCCUUGCAAUGUGUACUCCAAGAGCUGUGAGGCAGUGGUGAAAGCCAUGAGGGCAAAAGGAGUCAAGAGAUUCAUUCUCAUCACAUCUUGGUCAGUUCGAGAGGAUCGCAAAGUGCCCUAUUUGUGGAAGUGGGCUGUGAAAACAUUUUUGUUUUUUAUGAAGGAUAUUUUCGAGGACAUGAGCGAAUGUGAAUACUACCUGGACGAGCAUGGCCGUGAUCUUCACUACACUGUGGUCAAACCUUUUCAUUUGACAAACUCACCAUCCCAGGGUCUCCAAAUCAUAGCUAGAGAUGGUCAGUUCUGUUGGGAUAUACAACCUCAAAUCUGUAGACAGGAUCUUGCCAAGUUCAUGUUAAACAAUAUAGCUCAGCAAGCUCAUUAUAAAAAAUUUCUCUGUGUAGGACAUCCCUACUGAAAACAACAACACAUCUAUCCUGUGAACUUCCAAAUGAAAAAAAACUAAAUGCUGGUAUUUUCUGCAUAUUAUAGUGCAUUUGGGUCUCAGCUGUACAUUAUAGAGCUGACUGGAACAUCAGUAAUAUUUGUAUUGUAAUAUGACUUUUUCCAUCUGUCAUUUUGUUUACGAUCAACAUUGUUACAGCAAUAAAAUGUUUUCAAAACAAAAUA